GUUUGUAUAAUCAUCAAAGGGCUGUAAAUCACAUAACCCCAAUCAUACGAACGUAUACAUACAGAUUAAGUGACUGAUUCACAUAUCUACAUUAAUCCUUGCAAACAUGCACACUGGUCAUGGAUUACAGCAAACAAAUAUCCUGCCACUAUAAGGAUGCCGCACCCCUAGAGCAGUACAACGUAAUUCAUGACGACUUGACAAUCUAACCCAUAGAAUAGCCUGUCAGGCGUAAGGCACCAUGCUGCAGAACUAAAAGUUGCAAAAUAUACAGGUUGUAUUUUCAAAAUGUCUGCGUUCCCAGUGACAUGCCCUCCCGAUACGGUACGCUGUGACAAUAGCUGGGGGCAGUGUAUCUUCAUUAGCAAGAUCUGCAACGGAGUUGAAGACUGCGAAGGUGGAUGGGAUGAGAGAAAUUGUGCAACAUACCGUCCACCAUGCGGUGAGAACUACUUCCGGUGUGAUGAUGGGACAUGCAUCCAGAAUUGGAGGAAAUGUGAUGGCAGAAAGGACUGUGAGAGUGGAAUUGAUGAAAUGAAUUGUAUUCUUCCAACUCACACAAUUCCAUCAGGCCCGAACAUGUUGGCUAUCCUCCUACCUACGCUCCUGUGCAUCUGGCUUCUCCUCCUCAUGCCAAUCGUUGUAUAUGUCGUAAAGAAACGUAGAGAGAGAAGAAACAAUACCUCACAGGAAAUGCCAGGACGCCCAAUGGACGACAGAACUGACCAAAGACAACGGCGUCGGAGACGAUCAGGUGACUGCCAACACAGAUAUGGACAGGAUCUAUCCGACUCUACUUUAGCCAUUCCCGGCUUGUUUAUGCCAUUACCUUUAGAUGGACGGAAUAUAAGUCAAACACAGAUGAACUUGACGCUAACCACGGCAAGGAUUGGCUGGUCGGACGAUCUUCCACCAGGCUACGAGACAGACCCAGAUCCCCCUAAAUACGCCGACUCUUAUAUGGACCGGCUAGCUGGAAAUGACGGGACUCCAUUAGACCCUGCAGUGGCAGUUAAAACAAUACCUGGAUCAAGAAUUUGGGACGACCCGCCUCCAGCGUAUAAGUUAUCUCCAACCAUUUAUGCACAUUCCCAGAUUUGUCCUUCAAAACGAGGGGAAACUUCCGGCUUGGCUAUCGUGAGUGACACAGACAAUGAAGUAAAUGAAAACCAACGUGACCAUCGACGCAAAAGAAGUGCAAAGAGGCUGAAAACCCGAGCUAAUGUCGUCCCUCAGUUUGUUUUGAAUCUAGCUAGACUUCGACAAGUUGACCGUACUAAUGUUGAUACCGAAUCCUCUUGCGAUGAACAUAUCCCAAGUGUUGCGAUGGACAAUACACGUCCUACCGACCAGGAAGAAUCUGUUGACGCUAGUAUUUCAAACAAUAUGAACGCUGUUGGAACACACGGGGACGUCAACGCAGAUGAUGCAUGCACAAUCAGUAGCCCAAUAUUAAACGCAGGAGCCACAGAACGUCAAAGAACACAAUCAGAGAGCCAUUGUUAUGAGAACACUGCUUUUGAAAGUGACCUUUGUAAACCCACAAAACCUCUGAAAAGUGUUCAAAAAUCAAAAAGCACAAAUUGUAUAAACAUAUUGGAAAAUCACACCCAACUGCGUGUCCUCCUACCCCGGAGUCUCGUCGGUGAAAAGUCUAAUGCCGAUACUAUCAACACCAUAAGUGAUACAAUGGCAAAAUCCGCACAUAAUCUCUCAUCAACGGGGGAACGCUCAGUCCAAAAUGCCAAAUCCGAUUACAGUACAAGGUCUAUAAUUGAUCAAAGAAGUGCAAGGCGUGAUCGUCUAGACCGCGCAGCGUCCUUAGUAGAUUUAUAUACGACGAGGGGUGAUUUUAUUUUAUCUAGUCCCUCCCAUUCCAAUAUGACCAGUACAAGUCUUCAUAGUGUCCGCCAGCCAGAAGAAUCUGGACCUAUCAAACGAUCAAAAUCUUUGCAGUAUCUAAACGCAACAAUGAUCGUGACAAAUUCAUCGGAAGUCUGAGACGCUGAAGGUGAACAAUACCAUAACAUCCCAAAACGUAUAACGUAUUAUCAUUUAUAUACAUAUUUACGAGAAACAGUGCAGUUUUUAAGUCGAGGCAACAAAGUGCCAUGAUAACCAGUCAUGUGUAUUAAACUAUUUUACUAUGAUAAAUGAAUUUAAUUAUAAAUAAUGAUUUAUUUGAUUAUCAUUAGACUCGCAUUCACACAUAGCUAGCCAGGUAGCCAGACAUGUUAAUGGAUUGUAGUAUCUCAUUUUUCGUUGAAUUUGCCAACCAUUUUUAUCAUAUUUUUAUCCAGACAUAUCUUCAUCUCAAAUUGACAUUCACAUGCCAAGAUAUGACACUGACAAUGUUCCAAUGACUCGGUGACUGAGUGUACCUUUAAAUAAUUUUAAAUGGAAAACUAGUAAAUGAGAAAUAAAUGUUUCAAUGACUCGGUGACUGAGUGUCUCUUUAAAUAAUUUUAAAUGGAAAACUAGUAU